AUGGCCGCCCCCAAACCCAAAAACCAUGUCUCCAACACAAGAUGUGUUAAUCCUUUAGCGUUGGCCUGGCAACAGGCUUCAUCUUGGAUGAUCUGCGCGAGGCAAGUGAUAGAAGGGUGCUCUCCGUUGAAGACACACCCAUCUUGGUGCUUCCAAAGAAACCUAGAGGUGAGGAUGACAAGGGUAGAGAUCCCUUUCCACAUGCUCGCCGGAGCCGUAGACAAGGUGGAGGCCCACCAGUCGAGGAACUCGUCAACGGGGGCACGGGAUGGUUGCAGCGGGCAUAUUUCCAACAAAAACAUCAUGUUAGACUUGAUGGGUGAAGGAACAAUCGACAAGGAGAUGAAGCCUGAUCUGGGAUUUCUGGUCACAGAUGGCACUACAUAUCUGCGCGAUAGCAGAUCAAAGUUGAGGGACAUGAACUCGACAAUGAACAUAGUCACUCCUGCACUAAACCCUCUAAACCGUGGAACUGUUGAGCUGCUCUCUCGCUAUUUCGUUGCUGCUGAUGUUGAAGAGAUCCUGAAGAUCAGGGCUUCUCCGAGACUAGAUGAUGAUUUCCUUGCAUGGGCACCUGAAAAGUAUGGAGUCUUCACAUUUAGGAGCGCCUAUCGUCUGGCGUUUGAUGAGCUGCACCAAGGGUCAAUGGCAAAAAUUUGGAGACUGCCCAAUAUAGAAACAUUCAUCCCUACUGGCAAGGAAUGGUUGCUACAUGUCCUAGCUAUUUUGAGCGGUUUGGAACGGUGCAUACUGUUGAUGAUAUUCUGGAGAUGCUGGUAUGUAAGGAAUGAGCUAGUACACUCAAAGCCUGCUCCGCCAAUGGACGUAUCCAUCAGGUUCUUGCAAAGCUAUAUGGAGUCCUUGAUGGCAGUAAAGUCAAACUCACGUUGUGACCCUGCUAAAGGAAAGCUGACGAUCGGUCUGGACGGUGCCACUAAGCACACAAGUGCAGCGGUGGGUGCUCUACCGACGUGGUCUAGGCCGGUGAAUGGAUGGGUAAAACUUAAUACAGAUGGGUCUUUUGUCUCAAGUGAAAUAGCUGGAGCAGGGAUGAUUCUGAGAGACUCGGACGGCAAGAUCAUCUUUUCGGCGUGCAGGGCUCUAUUCUCCUGUAGAGAUGCUUUGGAGGCUGAACUGUGUGCCUGUAUAACGGACAUCUCUUAUGCUUUACAGCGCCUUCUAGAAGAGAAAAUGAAUUAUAUCACUGACAGUGUUACUAUCUCUAAAUCACGCUAUGUUUGGAGAACAUCUCACCUCAUGGAAGAAUUGUUUCAGGAGAAGGCUGAGAAGAAAAGGGGUCUGCCCGUCGAUGUGGGUGGUGAGCCUGGCUAUGCCAUCCGUAACUACAGGUCCGAACAGCCCGUCGAGACGCACUGGGAAGGGAUUUUCACGCUCGCCGAGCUAUUCGAACAGUCCUGCAAGCAGUAUGCCUACAUGCCCCUGCACGGCACCAGGAAGCUCAUUUCAAGGGAAACAGAGGUGGCUGCUGAUGGAAGAUCAUUCGAGAAGCUCCAUCUGGGGGAGUAUGAGUGGAAAACUUACAUCGAAGCAUUCAAGGCUGUAUGCAACUUCUCAUCCGGUCUGAUCCAAAUUGGGCACCAGAAGGACGAGCGUGUUGCUAUCUUUGCUGAUACGCGAGCUGAGUGGCAGAUUGCGUUGCAGGCAUGCUUCAGACAAAACAUUACAGUGGUCACCAUUUAUGCCUCCUUGGGAGAGGGAGCACUUUGUCACUCACUAAAUGAGACUGAGGCAACUACUGUGAUCUGUGGACGGAAAGAACUAAAAAAACUUAUUGAUAUAAAUGGGCAACUUGAUACUUUGAAACAUGUCGUCUACAUAAGUGAGGACGGUGUCUCAAGUGAAGUAUCCUUGGCUAAACAAUGCACUAACUGGAGAGUCGAGUCAUUUGAAGAGGUAGAGAGGCUAGGGUUGGAAACACCUAUCGAAGCAAAUUUACCUCUCCCAUCUGAUACAGCAGUGAUAAUGUAUACAAGUGGGAGCACCGGAAUGCCCAAGGGUGUCAUGAUGAGCCAUCGCAAUGUCUUGGCUACAGCAUCAGCUGUUAUGACUAUUGUGCCUGCACUUGGUAAGAAGGAUGUCUACUUGGCGUACCUCCCGCUUGCACACAUUCUUGAGUUGGCAGCUGAGACGAUUAUAUCUGCUGUUGGGGCUUCUAUAGGAUAUGGAUCACCAUUGACCCUGACUGAUACAUCAAAUAAAAUUAAAAAGGGGACCAAAGGUGAUGCCUCUGCACUGAGGCCAACACUUAUGACUGCGGUACCUGCUAUACUUGACCGUGUUCGUGAUGGCGUUGAUGCAAAGGGUGGUGUAGCCAAGAAACUAUUUGAUAUCGCCUACAGCCGUCGGCUAGCUGCUGUCAAUGGAAGUUGGUUUGGUGCAUGGGGAUUAGAGAAGCUUGUGUGGGACAUGCUUGUCUUCCAGAAAGUGCAUGCAAUCUUGGGAGGCCGGAUUCGCUUUAUACUUUCAGGCGGAGCGCCUCUGUCUGGAGAAACUCAGAGAUUUAUCAAUAUAUGCCUUGGGGCUCCAAUAGGGCAAGGAUAUGGUCUAACUGAAACGUGUGCUGGCGGGACAUUCUCUGAGUACAAUGACACAUCUGUUGGUCGUGUUGGUGCUCCAUUGUCUUGUUCGUUCAUUAAGUUGAUAGAUUGGGUUGAAGGUGGAUACUUGACAUCUGAUUCACCAAUGCCUCGGGGAGAAAUCAUUAUUGGAGGCCCAAAUGUAACCAAAGGCUAUUUCAAAAAUGAGGCCAAAACAAAUGAGGUCUACAAGGAUGAUGAGAGAGGAAUGAGGUGGUUCUACUCUGGUGACAUUGGGCGUUUGCACCCAGAUGGCUGCCUCGAAAUCAUUGACAGGAAGAAGGAUAUAGUUAAGCUUCAACAUGGUGAAUAUGUAUCGCUAGGAAAGGUGGAGGCUACUUUGAGUGUGAGCCCGUAUGUUGACAACAUCAUGGUCCACGCGGAUCCCUCCCAAAACUACUGUGUUGCACUCGUUGUAGCUGCGCACGGUGAGCUAGAAAACUGGGCCUCAAAACAAGGGAUUGCAUAUUCUGAUUUCCCCGAUCUGUGCCAGAAGCAAGAGACUGUCAAAGAAGUUCUACAGUCGUUGGCAAAGGCUGGUAAGCAAUCGCGGCUGGAGAAGUUUGAGAUCCCUGCCAGGAUCAAGCUGAUACCGGAGCCAUGGACCCCCGAGUCGGGUCUCGUCACCGCUGCCCUCAAGCUCAAGAGGGAGGUCAUCAAGAAGGGUUAUCAGGACGAUCUUGCUAAGCUGUACAGAUAG